AUGGCUGAUUACCGACCUGAGCGGACGGGCUCCAUCGCCUCGUCUUCUACAGACGCUGCUACCUUGCAUGAGCUGACCAAGUUGGACCCAAUGGAAGACAGUCUGCAAAACCUCAAGUCGAGAGCCGACGAAGAGGUGGCUGCCGAGGAAGACGAGAAGCUCCUACCUACUACCGACACGAGUGAGAAGGAAGAACCCCCGAAGGCUAGCCUCGCCUCGGCCGUUAUCUGGAUGACCGUCAACACCCUGGCCACAAUUGGAAUUGUCUUCACGAAUAAGGCCAUCUUCUCUGAUCCCCAGUGGAAACUCUGCCAGCUUACGUUCGCGAGCUUCCACUUCUUGGUGACGUUCCUGACGCUGCACAUCCUGUCGCGGCCAACCUUUGCCUACUUCACUCCGCGCCGUGCCACUAUCACAGACCUGCUGCCCUUGUCCGUCGCAAUGUGUCUCAACGUUAUCCUGCCGAACCUGUCGCUGGCGUUUUCGUCGGUCACCUUCUAUCAGAUCGCGCGUAUCCUUCUGACACCAACCGUUGCCCUAAUGAACUUUGUUCUGUACAAGGCGACUCUGCCCCGGAACGCCGUCCUGGCUCUCAUCCCGGCCUGUCUAGGUGUCGGAAUGGUAUCAUAUUACGACACUCUACCCGCCAAGGAUGGGAAUGUCAAGACUACUUCCACCCUGGGAGUCUUCUUCGCCUUCGCCGGCAUUUUUGCGUCUUCUCUAUACACUGUCUGGAUUGCCAGCUAUCACCGCAAGCUUCAGAUGUCGAGCAUGCAGCUUUUGUACAAUCAGGCGCCCAUUGCCUCAUUCAUGCUGCUCUACGUUAUUCCUUUCGUCGAUACUUUCCCUGACUGGGGUCAUGUCCCUGUCAACCGUUGGCUUAUGAUUGGCAUGUCUGGCGUCUUCGCCUCGCUGAUCAACAUAUCCCAAUUCUUCAUCAUCGCCCAGACCGGACCCGUGUCCAGUACGGUGGUCGGCCACCUCAAGACAUGCACCAUUGUGGCCCUUGGCUGGAUGGUUUCUGGGCGAGCCAUUGGUGACAAGUCUAUCCUCGGAGUCUUUAUUGCCAUUGGCGGUAUUGUUGGUUACUCGGUCGUCAUGCUCCAGCAUCAAAAAGAUCGUCGAAAAUAA